AUGCCCAUUCGCUGCUGUCCAUCGCCCGCCGACGACAUGUUCCCGACCUUCGACGUCCCCCCCCAGCAUGCCGAGACGGUGGGCGCUCGCAAGCACAGAAAGGCAAAGGAGGAGGAGACUGCCAGGCGCGCCUCGACGGCAACAUCACAGUCGUCAGGGAGCACUCGAAGCCUAACGGCCGAGUCCAGCGCCUCUUCCAGCAAGAAGAGUGGUGGCUUUGCCUGGUUUGGCAAGAGUAAAGGGGUUCAAGAGAUACCCAAGGCCCCCUCUUUGAAGAACAAGAUCUCAGCUGCACAUGCGCCUGCGCCUGCGCCUGCACCUGCACCUGCACCUGCACCUGCACCCGCACCUGCACCUGCUACUGCACCUCGGCCGCGAGAAACACCGUCACCAGUCGCCAGCUCUCCCGCCAGCGAACUUGCACCCCAGCAAUCAGACAGACGCCCAUCACAGCGCUCCAAUCCAGACCUCCAGUAUCAACACCAGCAACGCUUCCAUGUCCCACCGCCGCUGCAACCACUCCCGCCUCCACCUACAGCCGCUCUUCCCCAGCUGCCAUCCCCUGGUCCGAGUCCACGAGGUACGUGCAUGAAUCCCCUGUCCUCAUCUUAUCUUGCCAUCUGCAAACCAUGCCAUCUUCAGGAUGCUCGGUACCCCAACAACGCCCAUUGCGCAAUACAAUCCUCGAAGGAUCGACACGGGGCGACCCUUGCACGAUGCUGAUCGCAUCAAGUCUACUUACUCGACCCUCUCACACAACUCUUACAGCACGACAACUACUUCGUCGGCUCGCACCGGCUUCUCCAACCAGAGCAUCUUCUCAAAUCCUCCCCGUCGCCACGAUGACGUUCUUGACGUUCUUUCCGAGGACAGCUGGUACGGUGACGAUCACUCUCCGCUGUCCAAGACACCCUCACCCGUGACCCCUCCUACGCUUGUUGACAACAGGCGACCACCUUCAAACCGACAGCAUGCCGACCCUGCGUAUGCAAGCAACGUACAGAUGGAGCCUGUCGAGACACGAUCUGGUAGCCGGAUGAGCGACGGCCCCACCAAAGCUGCGCAAGGACCCUUUGCCCGUGCACUGGGCAAGAUGGAGAGCGCUGGCGCUCGCAUUGUCUCUGCGCGAUUGAGCGAAGAUUGGGAGGGCCUCGACGAAGAUGAUGAGAGCCUCCAAGAGGUUCUCUUUGAGAAGCGCCUCUGGGCCUUGACAGCUUAUCAACGCUUGACACAAAACAAGCAGCUUCAGUCACCUGCACACGACGCACUGGCAAACAGCCGGCCGGCCGACCAGAGGAGGGUCCUGCAUCUCCAUGGCAAUCUCGCUGACGGCUGGGUUCUUGCAACACGCUACCCUGCAGCGACUGUAUACACACUCUCGUCCGCCAACACUUCGAAUCUUCCAACAUCGCAUCCCGCCCCGUUGAACCAUCACUCCCUUUUCUCGCCGUCCAUCUCAUCGGCAAUGCCGUUCCCCGACAACUAUUUCCAUGUCGUUGUUUCGCGCUUUGUCUCCACCUCCCUUCGCAACGAUGAAUGGGCGCGCUCCUUCUUCGACUGCAUGCGUGUGCUCAAGCCAGGAGGCUCGAUCGAGAUCCUUUCGGUAGAUGCCCACAUGAGCGGCGAAGGGCCACAGCUACAGAACUGGGUCGACGAGCACAUCACCUGCAGACUCGAGGCUCACAACAUCAGCAUGGUCCCAUCGGAGAGUGUCCUCGACACCAUGGAAAUCGUCGGUCUUGAAAACAUUCGCCGUGCCAGAGUGGCUCUCCCUGCCUAUCUCGGCUCACCCAAGGCAGUAGCGAAAGCAGCACCCAACCACCAUGGCCUCAGCGCUCCAUCGCCACAAGACGUGGUCGAUGCAAGCCGUAUGAUGGCCUACCUAGGUCGCCACUUCUACCAGGACCUUUAUGGAAAGUUUGUGCGCCUGUCACAGGGCGAAGAGUGGUUCUGGUCCCGGAGGGAGAUUCGGGACGAGUGCGAGAGGUACCAAACCAAGAUGGUCCUCACCAUUGCAUGCGCUCAAAAACCCGGUGCGGCUAUGGGUAACGAGAGCUACCUCAACCUUUGA